AUGAUGGUGAUAACAAAAGCUAUUCGCUCAGCGGCCGCGCAGGCAAUACAGAGGCGCAUCCGUUCUUCAGUAGCACCUUCGGUGUCUGAAAAAUCUGACCCUUGGAUCUUUCUGUGUUACCCUCUUGUUCUUGUUUUCUUCUCCUCCAGGAGGUAUGUUGCUGGAGGACAGUGUAAGUCAACGGCUAAACUAGAUGGGAAGGUGGUAAUAAUCACAGGAGCCAACACAGGCAUUGGGAAGGAGACAGCCAGAGACCUUGCACGAAGAGGUGCCAGGGUGAUUCUUGCCUGCAGAGACAUAGCCAAGGGAGAAGCUGCAGCAAAUGAAAUCCGUGCUGAAACAGGGAACCAGCAGGUCAUUGUGAAAAAACUGGACUUGGCUGAUACAAAGUCCAUCCGGGAGUUUGCUGAUAAUGUUCUAGCAGAGGAGAAGGAACUCCAUAUCCUUAUUAACAAUGCUGGAGUGAUGCUUUGCCCUUACUCCAAGACAGCUGAUGGCUUUGAGAUGCACCUGGGAGUCAAUCACCUCGGUCACUUUCUCUUGACCUUCCUCUUGCUGGAGCGUCUCAAGCAGUCUGCCCCAGCCCGUAUAGUGAACGUGUCCUCCCUGGCUCAUCACGGGGGCCGCAUCCGCUUCCAUGACCUUCAUGGAGAGAAGAGCUACAACCGCGGCCUUGCCUACUGCCACAGCAAGCUGGCUAACGUGCUCUUCACGCGGGAGCUGGCGAGGCGCCUGCAAGGUACUAAAGUCACAGCAAACUCUCUGCACCCUGGCUCUGUCUGUUCCGAGCUGGUGCGGCACUCCUUCCUAAUGACGUGGCUCUGGAAGGCGUUCUCCUUCUUCCUGAAGACUCCCCGCGAAGGGGCACAGACCAGUGUGUACUGUGCAGUGGCAGAGGAGCUAGACUCGGUGACAGGACAGUAUUUCAGCGAUUGCCAGCCAGCAUAUGUAUCUCCCCGAGGUCGGGAUGAUGAGACAGCAAAGCAGCUCUGGAGUGUGAGCUGUGAGCUCCUAGGCAUCCAGUGGGACUGAGCAGUGCAGGGCUCAAGCAUGUAUAUGCCUGACUGUGGUGAUGCUUCUCUUCCUGGGAGGAACACUGCUGAGAGACCCCAAGACAAGAACUUUGGCCCUUCCACAUGCCCUGAUGGUUCCAUGGACACAACUGAGUAUGAAUUUCUGGAAUACUAUGCUUAAGGAGUGAGAUUAGUAAGCAGCCGGUCCCCUUUCCUAGCUGGAGACUUAAGAGCACAAAUUCAGAUAUUACUUAUAUAUACUUGACAUUCUAUAGCCAGGUGCUAAUUGUGCUCCAGCUCUAGA